UGAACUUCGUAAUCUCUCUCUCUCUCUCUCUGCGUAGGGAGGUGUGUGUGUGUGUGAGUGUCUUGUCUGUCAUACAUAGCUUCUUUUGCAAAACACUAGACAAACUAGAAAGAUGAAGCAAUUUGGACCCACAAAUCUCUCUCUCUUUCCCUCCGGACACUUUGACGCAAACAGUUUCUCUCCCUUUAAAUCCUUUCUCCUCCGCAUGUCUCGCAAGACACAAAUGAAAGAGAAACGGAUAAUCUUUGACUCUCCCUACAACUUUUGUCCCAAAAUAACCGCCGUCUCUGGAUGUUUUGUUCAUUAUGGGCAAUCAACCCUCUGCGUUAACGCCAACCCAAUGAGUUAAUGUCAGGGGAUUCCCCAAUCCUUCACCCUUUUCCCCAUCUGGGUCGAUCUGGGUCUUCCCUACUUUGAUCGAUUUUUGAUGGGUGUUGGGGGUGAUGGGUUGCGUUAGCUCGAAACAGGCGAGAUCAGAGUCGCCUGAUUUCGAUUUUUCGGUGACUGGAAGGGACAAUGGGGCAGGGAAUUUGGAUUCCUCGUUGCAAAUUAAAGGUGGGUUUGUGCAUUUGGAGAAGAUAAAGGAAGAAUCUGAAAAGGAUAAAGAGAAGGAGGAAUCAGUUCCUAGGGUUCGUGAUUUGGGGAAAUCAAAGUCGUCAAAGAAGGGGAACUCUGAGAAAAGGGCUGCUUUUAGCUUCAGGUUUGGAAGGUUGACGGAAGGAGAACAUGUUGCUGCAGGGUGGCCGGCGUGGCUCAGUGCUGUUGCCGGAGAAGCCAUUGAGGGAUGGCUGCCCCUGAGGUCCGACAUAUUCGAGAGAUUGGAAAAGAUUGGACAAGGUACGUACAGCAGUGUCUAUCGUGCUCGAGAUGUUGAAACGAGUAGGAUGGUUGCCCUAAAGAAGGUGCGGUUUGACAAUUUCCAACCAGAAAGCGUCAGGUUUAUGGCACGAGAAAUAACAAUUCUACGCCGGCUUGACCAUCCAAAUAUUAUGAAACUGGAAGGGAUAAUUACUUCACGAUUAUCAUGUAGCCUAUAUCUUGUUUUCGAGUACAUGGAACAUGAUCUCUCGGGAUUAUUAUCAAGUCCUGACAUCAAGUUCAGUGAUGCGCAGAUUAAGUGCUAUAUGCGGCAGCUACUAUGUGGGCUUGGGCACUGCCAUUCACGAGGAGUAAUGCAUCGAGACAUUAAAGCAUCCAAUAUUUUGGUGAAUAAUGAAGGCAUUUUGAAGAUUGCAGAUUUUGGUCUAGCAAAUUUCCUUAGUGUAAGGAACAAGCAAUCAUUGACCAGUCGCGUAGUAACUUUGUGGUAUCGUCCUCCUGAACUUUUAUUGGGGUCAACUAAUUAUGGGGCGUCUGUGGAUUUGUGGAGUGUGGGCUGUGUAUUUGCUGAGCUUUUCAUUGGGAGGCCAAUACUCAAAGGGAGAACUGAGGUUGAACAAUUGCACAAAAUCUUCAAGCUUUGCGGUUCUCCACCUGAUGAGUACUGGAAAAAGUCUAAACUUCCUCUUGCGACAAUGUUCAAACCCCAGCAUCCUUAUGAAAGUACUCUUCGAGAGAGGUGUAAAGAAUUUCCAAAAACUGCUGUGAACCUUAUAGGAACUUUUCUUGCCAUCGAUCCUUCCAAUCGUGGGACUACAUCAUCUGCCCUUGAUUCUGAGUAUUUCACAACGAAGCCUUAUGCAUGUGAUCCAUCGAGCUUACCAAAGUACCCACCCAACAAAGAGAUUGAUGCAAAGUUCCGUGAGGAAGCACGAAGGAAAAAAGUUGGCACUACAGUCCGGGAAUCUGGAGUUUCGAGAAAUCCUAGAAGAGUCCGCAAACCUUUGCAAGAACCAAGCACUUUCUGUAAAGUGGUACCAACAGAGGAGGUGGAGGCUAAUAUUCAGGUCACUUAUAGACAUAAAGGUUCCAAUGCACAUUAUCCUAAAGGAAAAGGAGCCACUGUAUAUAGGGGAUCACUGAAGUCAUCAUAUGAUACAGUGUCAGAGGCUUCUCAAGGGACAGAGGUAUCUCAAGUGGACAGCGUACGCUCAGUCCCAAUACAAAUUACACCAUCAAGUGGCUUUGCAUGGGCAAAGAGGCAAAAACAGGGUGCUGCAUCAACAAGAUUAUUCACUCAGACCACUUCAAGGAGUCACAAAUUUGGUGCAUUAGAGCCAUCCAGUGUACUACAGGCACAGGAUACUUUGGACUCAGAAGGGCAAGAAAAUGAAGAUGUUUCAAGCGGGUUCUACAAUGAUUCAAGAGGCAAUGAUGAGAUUGCAAAACGUGCAAUGCGCAGGCAACAAAGUCAUCCCUAUCGACCAGAUUCUUUUGAUUCCUCUAAUUUAUACGACUCCCAAGAAUUAUCAGUGGAUUAUAAUGAUCAACCCAAAAGAGUUCGAUUCUCAGGACCAUUGCAAUUACCAUCACAUAGAAUUGAGGGAAGACAAGAAAGUCUUAGCCAACAAGCUGCUCAUAGAUCCCGUUUCUAUGGAGACUAG